AUUUCUUUAUUUCGUUUCGGCAAGACACAUGGAUUAGAUUUUUUAAAAAGUUAGAAAUAAUACAAACCUAUUCUCUAAACAAAUCCUUUUUUCUGACAUGAAUGAUGCAAAUAGUUAAUAUUUACUUGAUCAUCCCUUAUAAUAGUUGCUGUAUGUAAAAAAAAUAUGUGAUUGAUAGUGUAUGGGCCGGAGGCCUUAAUCACAAUAAAUAUUUGAAUCUAUGUUCAUUUCUCACAGGUUUACGACAAACUGAGCAUUUCUUCAACCACUUUUUACACUUUAUAAUUUGAAUUAUCAGAAGUGAACAGAGGCAAAAUUUUGACAUGUUAGGGCUUAAUUUAGCUGGAAAGAACAUUUUAGUAACCGGUACCGGGAGGGGUUUAGGCCGAGCUAUCGCCAUAGCUCUUGCUAAGCAUGGCAGCAAGGUUUUUGCUUUGAGCCGCACCCCAUCCACUCUCGAUUCACUUGUGAAGGAGCAACCGAGUAUAGAACCGAUUGUGGCUGAUGUUUCGUGCUGGGAAGAGACUAGAUGUAAACUUGAAGAUCUUAAAACGAUGGAUGGACUAGUAAAUAAUGCUGGAAUAUUUACCACGGACCCGGCUACUAUGGUGACAAAAGAAAAAAUAUAUAAGGUGUUGGAUACAAAUUUACUCGGUGUUAUCAACUGUGCGCAAGUAGUUGCAAAUAGAAUGAUUAAAGACGGAAGACCAGGAUCUAUAGUAAAUAUGUCGGGCACUACUAGCCUUAGUUGUGCAGGAGUCGGUUUCUUGCCAUAUGCAAUGUCAAAAGGAGGACUUGACGCAGCGACUAGACAACUUGCUUUUGAACGUGGGCCAUACAACAUCCGAGUAAACUCUGUUAACCCAGCACUCGUUAAGACAACAAACUCAUCAGCACAAAUUAUAGAAGAAAAUCCGAAGCUUGUUGAACAAAUGGAGUUCAAAACUCCAUUGAAACGGUUGAUAGAAGUGGAUGACGUCACCGGUCCAGUCGUGUACUUUCUAAGUGACCUCUCCUCUAUGGUGACAGCAACGUGUAAUGUUAUAGACGGCGGAAUUUUGAAUUGUAUGGUAUAAUAGACAUGCUUGUGUUUCAGUUUUGGACUAAUUUGCCUAACAUAACUCCAAGGAACUCCGUUAAAGAGAAACGGAACUGCUGUAUAAUUACCGUCACAAAAACAAAAGAGUUUUUGAGAAGUGUUCUUAAGACUAGGUACCAGCAUGAAAGUACAUGUAUAGAAGGAGGAAUGGACGUUUAGAUAAAACUGAAAUAUCUGUAACAUUAAAUAUAAUUUUGGAUACUUUACUUGGUGCUAUUACAAAUUGCAGUUGGUAUAACUGUUUGACAAAUAAUGUGUUUUAAUUAAAACUUCUUUAAGGUAUGACCCAUGUAACAGUGUACCACCUUUCAAAGAGUAUUCAGUUCUAACAAUUAACCUACCUUGACUUAAAUUUUUCAGGGGGAUUAGGUUCAA